GAUAAAGCCCAAGGCUGAGGACCAAAUCUCUAACGUCUCCUCCAACGUUCUUCCGUUCGAUUCGCAACAAUCAAUUCUCAACGGGAAGAAAUUAAAGGCUCCUUGCUCCUACUAUCCUAUAAAUUGAAGAGAAUGACCUCACCGAGAGCAGGAGUGGACUGCUACAUAACAAGUGACAAGCUAGAAAAGAUUUUGGGUGCAGAUUGGGCAGGUUUGGAUCGGAAAGCUAUGUCCGUGAUCCGUCUCUCGUUGACCAAGAAUGUUGCGUUUAACAUUCUGAAAGAGAAGACAGCGAAGGGAAUUAUGGAAGCGCUGUCUAACAUGUACGAGAAGCCAUCUGUGGCAAACAAAGUUUUUCUGAUCAGAGAGCUGGUGAACACAAGGAUGAAAGAAGGCACUUCUGUUACCGAGCAUAUCAAUAAGAUGAAUUCGAUCUUAACCAGACUUGCGUCAGUGAAGAUUAAGUUCGAUGAUGAAGUUCAAGUUUUGCUACUGCUAUCGUCUUUGCCUGAUAGUUGGUCCGGAACGGUUACAGCGGUUACCAGUUCAGUGGGACCCGAUGGAUUCACCUUUGAUCAGAUUAGAGAUCUCAUUCUUGGCGAGGACGUCAGAAGAAAGAGUUCAGGGAAGCGUUCCGGUAGUAUCACGGACUGUCACGCACCGCGCCCACCCUUAAAAUAUAAUAUGAUUUAUUUAUUUUAAGAUAUACUAGUUUUUAUAUAUCAACAUUUUAUACAGAGUAGCAUUUACUAAUUAAAUUAUAUAUAUUAAUGAUCAAAGUGUGUUCACAAUUGACCAAAAAAAUUAAACUAGGGAAUUUUUU